AUGACUGACAGCAGGCACCAGUCUCUGUUCUUUGCUGCUCUGCCAGAGCUACAAAAGCUCUGUGCCGCUACGGUAACACUGAGUCCUCGGAUACCAGAAGCUGAGACAAGGAGUGCACAGAUCAAGAUUUGCAGACAGUUAUUAUUCCUGCAUCAAGACAUCCUUUCUGCACCCGUUAUUGGAACGCUCAAUCAGAUUUCAGUGGUAAUGGCGAUACCAUUUUACAGAUCAGGGCUAUGUCAAGCCUACAUAGAGAACCAAAGAGCCACCCUGGAAGCACCACGAACAGUGAGUCCAGCCACCCUCCAAGCCUGUCUCUCCUACACACUCACAGCCAGACUUGCGCCCCGAUGGAACAAGGCCGGUCAUCUCUUGGUGCAAGGAAAAGAUUUUUUGUCUCAUUCCGGAAGGCAAAAUGCUGUCGUUCUAGACCUCAACGUGUCAGAGAGGCAGCUUUGCGUCAGCGUGGAGGCUUGCUCCAUUCGCUUGCCACCCCCUGAGCUGGGAGAUUUUGAUAUUUCAGCAAACACCUUAAGGCUAUUUGAGAGCAAUGGCAAUACAGUUAUCCCCCAGCAUUCCAUAUUAAGUGACUGGUGCUAUGUUUUGCCAAGCAUGAAGAUGGGUCAGAUCAUAAACAUCAGCCACAUGAUUCCUCCAGAAUCUCCUUUCCGUUCGUACGAAGAAUUUCGGAUGCACUGGAAGGAUCUGUAUGGAUAUGUUCUCCCAGAGGAUCCUGACGGGACAAAAAUAUACUUCAGUGUUUACUUCAAGCCAAUAGGGGAAAGGUUCUUCACGUACCCUUUGAGCUGCGUUCGAAGUCAGCCGGUGCAGUAUUUCCCUCGGACAGACUCAGAAAGGGUGUUGAACUCUUUUGUUUCUGACAUGAAGCGUGAUCUGUCACAUCUGUGUGGAUUCCCAGUGAAGAUGACCAGUAAAGCACUUUAUGCUACGCAGGAACUCUCCAGGGCUCCGGUGCGUGAAAUAGAAUCUAAGCAUGUGAAACUGGCUGGCGAGAUGGUCUGUGUAGUAUCUCUAACGCAGUCUCCUCCAAGGAAACAGACUUUGCCUGGGAUUUCUUCCCCGCGCACUACGGAAAACAGCCACUGGAUGGAGCGUUUGAUCAAAGAGCCAGAAACACACGCUUGGAGCAGCCGUAAGGGAGCAGAAAUACCAGGAGUAGCAGAGCCACCAGAUGUGAAAACGUCAGGAACGCCCGUAAAUUCAGCCUUUGAACUCCCGCCCCAAAAAGUCAGCAAAAUUAUACCAAUUUUCAAAGGAAAGUUGAUGCAAAUGAGUGGAAAGACCACAGAUCAACUGGAUGGGGAGAGAAGAGAAAAUGCUGAAAGACAUUCACCAAUAAACAUUAUGGGUGUUUCAUCCUCCACGCUGAGCGUGUGCCAGUCCAGCACAGCUCAGGUUUACCAGCCUGUUCGAAAUAUGUCAGUCAAAGAUCCGGCUCAUAGCAGGGUGCUUCAGGUAAUGAACGCGAAAACAUACACAAAACGUGGAAUACCUGUAUUUCGAUGGAAAACCGAGUCUCGUGGACGAACAACUAAUCCUGAUUUUUCUGACAACUCACCUUCGGGUGGGAAUUCAAGUGCAGUCAGUCACCAAAAGGCAAAUUCUCCUUUCUUUCUUAAGAACGUUGGGUCAGUGCUUCCGAAAUCCAACACCAAUCUGAGUGCACAUCCAUCUCCUACUUCCAGCGCGAGAAGGGGGAAAAAGUUUGCAAGUCAAAAUACCACACAAGUUCCUGAGAAACACCACCAGUCAAAGCAAGCGCCUUUGCAGAUUUGUAAAUUAGACGACGGAAUGACAAAUUUUGGGUUCUCGCAGCAACAAACGAAGAGAUCAAAUGAAGGAGUACGGUUAAAUAUUCAUGAAUCUGUCUUAAAUGAUGCAAUAGGCAUUGCCAGAAUGGAAGACAAGAGAGCGGCGUGCCGUUCCAGGGGCUGCAUCGCUGCGACAGCAAGUCCUUGUUCUGAAUCUAACGUGGAACAGGUGAUGACAGGGAGCGAGUAUCUGACGUGUGAAACAUUGACCUCAAAGCCAACUUCCUCAGUCAAGGAGAGCAGCAUGGAAGUACCUGUAAGGAAAGCUUGUGCCAGAAGAAGACAGAAAGAAGAAGGUUGUUCAAAGUUAAAGAAAGCCAAACGAAGUAAGCCUUCUGCUUAG